CCAAACGCAGUUUUCCCUUCGAUUUCCUGGUCCUUCUCAGGUUCCUCCCAUUCCUCCGGUGCAAGGACCAGGCAGCAUCGCGCGGAAGCUUCAACAGUCUGAAACCGCGAUGGAGUGCGCAGGGACGGGGAGAGGGACGAGGUGCAUCGGCCCGGCCAAGAGGCGGUGCGCUCGCUGCGGGGCCGUCGGUUACUGCUCCGUCUCUCACCAGAUUUCUCAUUGGAGUGUUCAUAAAGAAGAAUGUGCAAGGUUAGAGCAACAAAUGAAGCAUGCUGAUGCAUUGAAUGCUUUUCCUUUCACGUACUGUCAAGAAGCCACAGUUGAGAUCUGUGAAAAACGAGCCAGCAGAUGUUCGUUCUUGAGCAAAAGGGGCAUUCAUCAGGUUGGAAUGUGGAUGCAUGAAUGCAAGUGCCAGCCAUUGAGCAAUUUUUUCGAGGACUUGAGGUUUCACAAUAGUUGGGAUCUUCCGAGAAUGUUAUGCCCAUGUAGAGGCCCAGUCUCUCCAAUAUCAGACCAUCUAAGUGGUUGGGAUGACUAUUACAGGUGGAGGCAUAUCCCAUUUCACUCACCUGUUGCUUUACUCCUUCAAUGGCCAAUGUUGAUAUACCAUGCCAUUCAGAUUACUAGUGCAAGGAUUUCAACUAUUGGCACUAGCAAGGAACUGCGUGUCCACUAUGUCGGGCCUGAGAAGGAGCUUCUACAACUUCCGGCCUUUGGUGAGUUGCAGGCACUUUUUCCUGGUAUGCGGAUGCAUAUUGAGCUUGUUGGACCUGCAGUUCCAGAGCAUAGGGAUGGUGAGACAAUUAAAGUCGGUGGUUAUGCUCAGUGUAGUGAAACCAACUGUGACUGCAAAUCCACAAGUUCUCACGAGAGCAAGAGUUUAAACACUGCCUAUGAUUCCACGGUUAUCUUGCAGCUUCGGAGAGGCUGUUAUCAUGAUAUCUACAGAAAUAUAUCAGAAGAGUCUUUGCCUCAUUUGGUUGUUGCUCCUAAUGCUGGCAUUGCUGCUUAUUCGAGUUGGUUACCUACAAUUGAGCUGAUACGCGAGAUGAAUGUCCCUGCAGUUUUUUCUGAUUACUGUGAAGAGGCUUGUCAUCUUGCAGCUUGUUGCAUGAACACUGUUGCUGGCAUAUCUUUUUCUCUUCCAAUCCAAUUGAAUCCAUUCAGGCAGCCAAUGGCGGUAGAAGACAGUGCACUUCUUCUUCCGUGCUAUUCAAAUUGCUUCCUCUUUGGAAUAUGAACCACUGAAUUGAGAAGUAAUGUAUUUGUCGAAGAUCAUAUUUAGUCAUUUGGAGAUGGUUCUAUCGAAUGAGGGAGCAUGUGGCUUUGGUACUUGAGAUGAUCCACUGCUUGAUGCUUAGCUGCACCUAUCAAACCCGAAUUGGAUGGGGAGAAUGAAAACUUCAAGACAAUUCACUUCAAGAGGUAAGACUUCUGCAUAACCAGGCUUAGUUUAAGUAGCAACAGCAGAGUUCAUCUUGUGCAAUAGUGACUUUCAACUUGCUCUAGGAUUGGCCUUUGGCCAUCCAAUUCCGUGUCACACACCUGACUGACAUUAAUCGAGGGACUUGCCCAAUCUAUUCCUAAUGUGAGAACACGGCAGCCCAUUGAGUGUGAGAUACAACUCUGCUCUGGCAGUCCCCCUUAGUGCAUUUGAAUAAUAUUUAUCGACCUAUUCAUUGUGA